AUGUUUGAGUCUGAUCUGUGUCCGGCUGAAGAGCUGAAGGAUGAACGAGGCAUACUGAAGCAGAAAAGGGAUAGGACGUGCAUCUCAUCUGUGAUCUCCAAGCAGUUUCUCUUCAUCAAGCAGGCGAAGACCUUCUCUGAUGCCCAGGUCUACUGCAGACAGUUUCACGGUGAUCUGGCGAGCGUUGAAGACACGGCGGACUUCAGCCGUCUGCAGGCCGUGGUGAGCGGGGUCACAGAUCCGGGCGUGUGGAUCGGACUGAAGAGAGGCGAGCUGCACUGGAUCUGGUCUCUGUCCGACAGAGCUUUCUACAGGGAAGGAGAAGCUGAAUACAGACGCUGGAAAGCAGGACAGCUGGACAACGCCGGAGGACAUGAAAACUGUGGUGCUCUCGACAGCAAUGGGGAGUUUUGGGAUGUCCCCUGUACAAAUCAAUUUCCCUUCAUUUGCUAUGAUGGAAAUGUCCCCCAGAGGUACGUGUAUGUCAGUGCAGGUAAGAGCUGGAGCGACGCGCAGACACUCUGCAGACAGACACACACAGAUCUGGUCAGCGUGAGGAACCUGGACGAGAACCAGCAGCUGCAGAAUUUGGUGCAUGGUACUCCGGUGUUCAUCGGUCUGUAUAAAGAUGCUUUCAGAUGGACGGAUAACAGCAGCUCCAUGAUCAGACACUGGUCCGUCGGCGAGCCUGAUGGCAGUGGAGCUUGUGUUUUGCACAGUCUCUCAAACACAUGGUCCGAUGAGAACUGUGACCAAACAAGACCGUUCAUCUGUGAGGACGGAGUGAAGAUGCAGAUACUGAGAAUGAAGCUGAGAUCAGGUCAGAAUAUGGAUGAUCCUGUGAUGAAGGUGUCCGUCGUGCAGAAGAUCCAGCAGAAACUCAUGAGUCUGGGAAUGCCUACUGAUGCCAAACUACAGUGGAGAGUUCAGUCGGACGGCGAGAUCUUCCUCCCGCUGGAGAAGGACAUGAAUUCACAGAAAUAA